UUUUUUUUGAGUUGGGAUUAAUCAGGGAAUCUUAAGAAGAUUGUUCAUUUUUGUAAUCAUUGGCUCCAGAGAAAAAUGCAGGCAUCAAGAGGGCGUGCAUUGAAGCAUUAGUCUCCUGCACACCCCCUCAUACCUCAAGUAGGUUGAAUGGCCCCAAGAAUUUAGCCUGCUGCUCCCCACUGGGAAGUGGGUGGAUUUGCACUAGAACAGUAUUAAGAGAAAAUGAUUUGCUGGAAAUUCUUGGUGAAGCUCAUGUAAUUUGAAGUUGACAUUAUCCAGAACAUUCUCUAAUGUUCUGCUGCAAAAUUUAAGGUAUUCUUUCAAAGGCAGCCUUUUGUUUUGGAGUGGUAACUUUUGAGAUGAGCUAAUAAGAUCAGGAACUUGUUAUGUAAAAUAACAUUAUCAAACAGAAGAUACUUAAACUGUGGUUAAUUGAUUUAAGGAAGUCUUUAAUACAUGAAGAAAGAGGGCAGGAAUUAUCCUGCUCAUCAAACUAGUAUUUUGUUCCUGGUUUGUAUACUAUGAUCUUAACUUUCUCGGUUUACUUAUUUUUUUAACAUUCAUAAGUGGUGUGAGACUCUAGGAAGCCAGUUUCAAGUGGCCCUCAAAAUAGCUGGAUUCCGUAAUUGUGAUAUUUUUCCUUACUUAUUUCUAUGUAUAUGUGUAGUAGCAUAGUAUAAAAUUGAUUAUGAUUUUUUUUAAUCCAGAGAAUUAAUGAUACUUUAGGAAAAAGUCAUGUUUUCUGUUUCUUGAAUCUUUUUUUUUUCUUUUUCUUUUGUUUCUUGAAUCUUAUUUUUAAUGUAGUAGAAACUUUUAGUCACUUAAAUAGGACAAGGGAAUAGCAUUUUGGUUUUCACUGUUACCACCUAAGCUGAUCAAGCUUUCUGAUCUAGGCUCAGGAAAGACAAGGAGUGGGGAAGUCACGGUUUAGGGUAUAGUGGCUAGGUUUAACUCACAGGACACAGUAUUGUUCCUGUCCUCCAGAUGUGACUGCAGAUGUAAAAGCCAGACUUUAUUGUUUUUUGAAUCUUGUAAGUCCCACUUGUUUUAGGGACUGUAUCCUUGUGUCACAAGUUAUUCUGGUCUUGAAAUCUCUGUAUUUCUAUGUGCUGUUUAAGUAUGCACCAACUUGUUCUUUUAAUGAGAGUUUUUCCCCCCCUUAAAAUAGUCAUUUUAACUGACUUGAAGCAUUUGGAAAAAGAUGUCUCUCUUUUUGUGAGUAUCCAAGCCAGCCUGCUUGCCUCUUUACUGUUUGUGAUUUGGGCAGUAUUUAGUAUUGUAAUUUCUAUGCUGAUUUAGAAGACUUCCUGUGGUGUUUUAGAACAAGCAGGAUGCCUCAGAAGAUGCCAGAAGUCUUGAAUUACACCUGCCUUUGUGAGGUUCUUAGGGAUGGUACAGUCUGACCACUUGAGCAUCAAGAUGUCUUACAGUCUAGAAAAGUUAAACAGUUAACCAUAUUUAUAUAGCUAAUGACCAUUUGUACUGUAGGUUUUAGAGGUUGGUAAUUGUAAUCUUUAAUAUAUGUUGUGGGACUUAUGUUUUGAUCAUCUUUUUAUUUCGUUCAUUGGGAAUUGGUUAACAUUUGUUUUUUUUCAACCCUCAAUUAGUUUAAUGAUUUUUAGCUUAAUAUAAUGAAACCCUCCUUUACUCAGCAUUCAGGCUGUCAACAAGCUCAUAAACAGAUAAUGAUUGCAGAUCUGUGAUUCUUUCCUAUUGCCUGGUCUCUAGUGCCCUCAAAAGAAAGGCCUCUGGUCAUUCUUGUUUGAAGAUGAACAGUUUGAGGCUACACUGCUGUUUUUCAGCUCUUUGAUACUCUUCUUUCAGUACUUCAGUAAUUAUAAAAAUAUACAUGGUUACUGUCACCCAUUCUGGCAUGAGACAGUGUGUAGAUGACUUGUUUAUGAUAUACCCACCUUUACAGUGAUUCCAUUUGCCAAGUAACAAGAGGGCACACUUGGAAGUCUCUCCCUUCACACUGACCCCUCCUCUUCACCAUGAACUUGCUGUGUUACAGCAGUCAUGACCUGUCCUUUAAGCAGAAUCAGAGUGGGUGGAAAGCAGUCAUCACACCUUAAAGAGGUAAAGGCCAGUGUCUAAUCCCAACUCAAUCAGAAUUUAAACCCCGAUCUGGAAAGAACUCACAAUGUGAUUGAUUUUUUUUUUUAUAUUUAUUUAUUUAUUUAUUUAUUUAUUUAUUUAUUUAUUUAUUUUUUUGUAGAGUCUUGAGGCAGUUUUUACUGCUUGGGCUUAUAAGACUAUUUAACUAUUGUAUAGAUCUUAGUGGAAUGAGAAUGUUGCCCUUAUAUUCAUUACUACAGUAGGAGGAAGGUUGUGUUAGUGCAUUUUUGUUGUAGUUGCUAAUAUUUUGAGAUGAUAAAUGGUCAUUUGGUUUAUUGUCAGGUGUGUGUCUAGAAAGAGACAUAAAGUUCUCUGUUCAACUUUAUUAUUUGCAAUAAAAGAAAUUACUUUUAAUGUGUUUCAAACCAAUUUUAAAAAUUAUUUAUUUAUUCUAGGCAUUUUGCCUGAACAUAUGUCUGUUUAGGGUGUCAGAUUCUGGACUUACAGAUUGUUGUGAGCUGUGAUGUGGGUACUGGGGAUGGAACCCAGGUCCUCUGGAAGAGUGGUUAGUUCUCUUAAUUGAUGAGCCAUCUCUCUAACCCACUCAGUGAUAUUCUUAAUAUAUUCCUUCUGAAAUAGGGAAGGUCGUGCAGGUUUCUUAUACUUGGAUAAUACCAAAAAAGUAUUUUGUAAUGUUUGCUUUGACAAAUUUAGUUGUCUGUUGUGACCUGUCCUGUUACUGAGUAUAAACCCAGGUUCACUUGUGCAACAAGUUUGCAGACAUUCAUCAUUCUUUUAAUUCACUUUAAAAAUAUGUUUGAAAAACUUCUAUUUAUUGCCAUGAACUGUAUUUUUUUUUAAAAAAACUGUAGACUACCUCUAUUAAGGAGUUGCAAAAGGCAGAUUUGUGAUCAAAUUUAUUUAAAAUAUUAUGUCCUGAAACAUAUACAGUGAUCUGUUUUGUUUUGAUAAUGUUCUAUUAACACUAAUGUUUUUUAUUUCAAAUUGUGGCAUUAGUUGUUAAUUUAAUGACAACAAUUAACAAAUUACAAAAUUAACAAUUAACAAAAAAAUUAACAAUUGUCAGAGAACCAAUAGGCAGUUUCUAACUUACUAUCUAAAGAUAUCCAGUUUUAGAAACUUAGAAAUUAAAACAAAACAAAACAAAACAAAAUAGGUAUGAAAUGUUUUUGUCCAAAAAGUUUGAAAUGCAUUUUAAGAGUUAUUUAAACAAUAACUUACUGCUUUGUCACUACCUGGGAGCAGUCUCAACACCACCUUUGUAAUGAGGCCUCAUGCACCUUAUUCUUCAUGACCCUCCUAGAAAUUUGUCUGUUUCUCUUUAUUUUGUUGCUUUGCUUUUUAAGACACACAAACAUAGCUCACCAUCUUACUUCUUAGAAGUGAUCAGAAACAGUAAAUUGGAAAGCAAGAAGGCUUUAAAAAGUGUCAAGUCAGAGGCAGAUUGUAGGAAUUCACAGAAAAUGGUUGGUUGCAAGAAGGACAUAUAAGUACAUAUUGUGAUUUAUAGAAAAUGGGCAAGAGAGCCAGAGGAUAGGCUGGAAAGCUUUUUAGUAAAGUAAUAAAUAGCAUUCUAUGUUGAGACUCACUAAAAAUAAUUUAUAUUCCUAAUAAUAACUUAGUGAUCGAGAAAAAAGUAAUUUUCAUGCUUGAAAAAUGCUGACGUAUUUAUAGCGUUUUAGUAAAAAGCCCAAACACUUUAUGUUGGUGCCUCAGUGGCAUGGAGCCAUAUUAAGGGGUUGUAUAGCUUCUUGGAUGCCAUUUUGAGGGAUUUUUGUUUAUGUGGGCUAAGAUUGAGGUGUCCACAGGUGUAUUAUGUAAGUGGCAGAUAUAAAUUGAUUGUUUCUAUUGAAGUAGACAGUGCCCUCAAGUGGAAUUAAAGAGCACAUUACAAAAGGAAGCAGGAAGAGAAGCUCAUGCUGCCAUUGCUUCAUCCUCACUAAAUGUACAGAUGCUUUAAAUUGUGGUGGUUUGGAAAAGUGCCUACCUUAGCCUGUCUUGGGUGACCCGAGCCUCUAAUUUGGGCUUACAAUGACUUGUGAAAAUGUUACUGUGAUGGAAUACUUAAUCACCUAACAGUGUUUUCUUUUCUCUUCUCUUCUUUUUAAAAUAGUACAGGCUGAUUUUAUUUAUUUUUUCUUUUUAAAAAUUUUAAUUUUAUUUAUAUAUUUAUUACAAUUUAUUCACUUUUUAUCCCAGCUGUGCCCCCCCCCCCUUCUCCUCCUAUGCCCUUUCCAUAGUCCCCUGACAGGGGAGGACCUCCUCCCAUUCUCUCUGACCCUAGCUUAUCAGGUCUCAUCAAGGCUGGCUGCAUCAUCUUCCUCUGUGGCCUGGCAAGGCUGCACCCCCCAGGGGGAGGUGAUCAAAGAACCAGCCACUGAGUUCACUACACUGUUUUCUAAGAGAUAUGUUACUCUGUGUGUGGAAUAGCCAGGUUGCUUUAUCAUUGAGUCAAUUAAUACAGUUUGAUGCUUUAGUUUUAAGUAUCUUUGAUUUGAAUUCCAAGAAUAAAGUGGGUUGAUAUUUAUUAAUUGCUGCCUUCAGUCACAGGGCUGGAUCAGCAUUCAUUUUUACUUUUCAUCCAUCUCAAAGAAGGAUGAAACAAAUACUAUAUUUGGGAACCAAACAGCCACAUUCUUAUUGCAGAGAUGUGUAGAAACUAUUCUUUUUAGAAAGAAAAGUAAUGAAGCCCUUAAAUUGAAAGACUGUAAUUGUGUUUUUAAAAAAAAUUGUUUUUUGGGAGUUAGUCCCUAUGCCAUGGGUUUCUAAACUGGUUUAUAGUACCUGACGUAGAUUUCCUCUAGCAGAGCAGGCCUCAGAUACCAUUGAGCAUGGUUGGCUGAUCCCAUCAUAGUCGUGCUACUAGUGGGCAUGUCUUGCCUGCUGAUUUAGUAUUAGAGUUCACUGGGUUCACAGCUGGGUGAGGCCACUGGCGUCCUACUCUGCCCAGAAGCCUACAGAGCACGCUUUAGUACUGUAAAAGCUAGUCAUCAGGAGGAAAUGUUCGUCCCAGCUCUAGUUUGGUUUCUCUAUAUCUUACAGCUAAUGAAUGUGAUAUCUUCAGCAAUAGAGUCUUAUCAUCUACUUCUGGUGGACAACCAAGAAGACUGGCAAGAGUCUGUUUUGUCUUGGGGGCCUUUGGGACCUCCCUGACUGACAGGUCAAAAGGAGGUAUCCUACAUUCGACACUGGGAUUUUUGUUUAAUAAUCAUGGCUUCCAGAAUCAGCAUUAUCUAGCCAAGCAGGAUAUCUCCGUUCUAACUGCACUUUGAGUUGCUGUCUUUUUACAGCAUGGACAUCAGGUUGCUAAAAUCUUGCUUUGGGACUUCCAGUGAGUUGAAUUUUUUGGAUUUUAUGACAGAUUUCCUAGUGGUUCCUUUUUGUGAGUUGAUGUUCUGAAGUUACUGUCACAAUGAGUUCAGGCCUAUGGAGCCAAGAGAAAGUCACUUCACCCUACUGGGAAGAACGGAUUUUUUAUCUGCUUCUUCAAGAAUGCAGUGUAACAGACAAACAAACACAGAAGCUCCUGAAAGUACCCAAAGGGAGUAUAGGACAGUACAUCCAAGACCGUUCUAUGGGGCAUUCAAGAGUUGCUUCUGCAAAAAGCAAGAAAAAUCAGAUUGGAUUAAAAAUCUUAGAGCAACCACAUGCAGUUCUGUUUGUUGAUGAGAAGGAUGUUGUGGAAAUAAAUGAGAAAUUCACAGAGUUACUGUUGGCAAUUACCAACUGUGAGGAGAGGCUCAGCCUAUUUAGAAACAGAAUCCGACUCAGUAAAGGCCUCCAGGUAGACGUGGGCAGUCCUGUGAAAGUACAGCUGCGAUCUGGGGAAGAAAAAUUUCCAGGAGUUGUACGCUUCAGAGGACCCUUAUUAGCGGAGAGGACAGUGUCGGGGAUUUUCUUUGGAGUAGAAUUGCUGGAAGAAGGUCGUGGUCAAGGAUUCACUGACGGGGUAUAUCAAGGGAAGCAGCUCUUCCAGUGCGAUGAAGACUGUGGUGUGUUUGUUGCGUUGGACAAGCUGGAACUCAUAGAAGAUGAUGAUAAUGGAUUGGAAAGUGAUUUUGCAGGUCCAGGGGAUACAAUGCAGGUUGAACCUCCCCCUUUGGAAAUAAACUCCAGAGUUUCUUUGAAGGUUGGAGAAAGUAUAGAAUCUGGAACAGUAAUAUUCUGUGAUGUUUUGCCAGGAAAAGAGAGCCUAGGAUAUUUUGUUGGUGUAGACAUGGAUAACCCUAUUGGCAACUGGGAUGGAAGGUUUGAUGGAGUACAGCUUUGUAGUUUUGCAAGUGUUGAAAGUACAAUUCUCUUGCACAUCAAUGACAUCAUCCCAGAUAGCAUGACACAGGAAAGGAGGCCUCCUAAACUUGCCUUUAUGUCAAGAGGUGUUGGUGACAAAAGUUCAUCUAGUCAUAAUAAACCAAAGGUUACAGGAUCUACCUCAGACCCUGGAAGUAGAAACAGAUCUGAAUUAUUUUAUAACUUAAAUGGGUCAUCUGUUGACUCACAACAAUCCAAAUCCAAAAAUCCAUGGUACAUUGAUGAAGUUGCAGAAGACCCUGCAAAGUCACUUACAGAGAUGUCUCCAGACUUUGGACAUUCAUCACCUCCACCACAACCUCCUUCCAUGAACUCCUUAUCCAGCGAAAACAGAUUUCACUCUUUACCCUUCAGCCUGACAAAGAUGCCCAAUACUAAUGGCACCAUUGCUCAUAGUCCACUCUCACUGUCAGUGCAGUCUGUGAUGGGGGAGCUGAACAGCACACCUGUCCAGGAGAGUCUACCCUUGCCCAUCUCUUCUGGUAAUGCACACGGUCUAGAGGUGGGCUCACUGGCUGAAGUGAAAGAGAACCCCCCGUUCUAUGGGGUUAUCCGUUGGAUUGGCCAGCCACCAGGGCUCAGUGACGUGCUAGCUGGACUGGAACUGGAAGAUGAAUGUGCAGGCUGUACAGAUGGAACUUUCAGGGGCACACGCUAUUUCACCUGUGCCCUGAAGAAGGCGCUGUUCGUGAAACUGAAGAGCUGCAGACCUGACUCUAGGUUUGCGUCCUUGCAGCCUGUUUCCAAUCAGAUUGAAAGGUGUAACUCUUUAGCAUUUGGAGGCUACUUAAGUGAAGUAGUAGAAGAAAAUACUCCACCAAAAAUGGAAAAGGAAGGUUUAGAGAUAAUGAUUGGAAAGAAGAAAGGCAUCCAGGGCCAUUACAAUUCUUGUUAUUUAGACUCAACUUUAUUCUGCUUAUUUGCUUUUAGUUCUGCUCUGGACACUGUGUUACUUAGACCCAAAGAAAAAAAUGACGUGGAAUAUUAUAGUGAGACUCAAGAGCUACUAAGAACAGAGAUAGUUAAUCCUCUGAGAAUAUAUGGAUAUGUGUGUGCCACAAAGAUUAUGAAACUGAGGAAGAUACUUGAAAAAGUUGAGGCUGCGUCAGGAUUUACCUCUGAAGAAAAAGAUCCUGAAGAAUUUCUAAAUAUCCUGUUUCAUGAUAUUUUAAGGGUUGAACCAUUGUUAAAAAUAAGGUCAGCAGGUCAAAAAGUUCAAGACUGUAACUUCUAUCAAAUCUUUAUGGAAAAAAAUGAGAAAGUUGGAGUUCCUACAAUUCAGCAGUUACUAGAAUGGUCUUUUAUCAACAGCAACCUGAAAUUUGCAGAGGCACCAUCAUGUUUGAUUAUCCAGAUGCCUCGGUUUGGAAAAGACUUUAAACUAUUUAAAAAAAUUUUUCCUUCCUUGGAGUUAAAUAUAACAGAUUUACUUGAAGACACUCCCAGGCAGUGCCGCAUCUGUGGAGGACUUGCGAUGUAUGAGUGUAGAGAGUGCUAUGAUGACCCUGACAUCUCAGCAGGGAAGAUCAAGCAGUUCUGUAAGACCUGCAGCACUCAGGUUCACCUUCAUCCGAGGAGGUUGAAUCAUACUUAUCACCCAGUAUCACUUCCCAAAGACUUGCCUGACUGGGACUGGAGACAUGGCUGCAUCCCCUGUCAGAAGAUGGAGUUAUUUGCUGUUCUCUGCAUAGAAACGAGCCACUACGUUGCUUUUGUGAAGUAUGGGAAGGAUGACUCUGCCUGGCUGUUCUUUGACAGCAUGGCUGAUAGAGAUGGUGGUCAGAAUGGCUUCAACAUUCCACAGGUGACGCCCUGCCCGGAAGUGGGAGAGUACUUGAAGAUGUCUCUGGAGGAUCUACACUCUUUGGACUCCAGAAGAAUUCAAGGCUGUGCACGCAGACUUCUCUGCGAUGCAUACAUGUGCAUGUACCAGAGUCCAACCAUGAGCUUGUACAAAUAACCAGGUCAUCUGAAACUGGCAGAGAUGGAGCACAAAGCUUAGCGCUCUGUUUUCCUCCAGCUGGUGGUUCUACGGGCGCCCAUUGCCGGCAGUGGGUGUCUUUUGUGAUGAUGGGCCUUCAGCAAAGUAUUGCUGUGUUUCCAAACAAAUUGCUUUUGUGUUCCUGAAGUAUUUAAUAAGAAGCAUUUUGCACUCUAGGAAGUAUGUUUGUGUUGGUUUUUUAAGAAGUCUAAAUGAAGUUAUUAAUACCUGAAAUUUUAAGUUAACUGCAUUGAUGAUAUGAUAUUUUUGGAAGCAUACAAUUUUAAUUGUGACGUUUAAAACCUCUUUUAGUCCAAUGAGGAUGUAAAUAAAUAUUUCUUCUUAUGGACCAAGGAUAUGAAAUCAUUUUUCUUUUGUAGCUAAUGAUUGCCUUGAAGAAAAAUAAUAUGGUUUUAUUAAGAGUCGACCUUUACUCCAGUUGUUGAAGGUGUGCUGACUUUAAUUGUUAAUUUUUCCUACAUAAUGCUGAUUUCCUGCAUGUCUGUACUUUGCCAAGUUUCUGUGUUCCUGCAGCAGUGGUCAGAACAUGUUGAAAUUCCUUUUGUGGUGUUAUUUUCUAUUUGUUCUGGUUUUAAGAUAAACGAGUGGCUCUGUCAUAAAAUGUCCAUUUUUGAUGUCUUCUUGGAGGAUUAGGGUACAAGACAAUUGAAGCAUCUCAGUCAUAAACAGGUUUUCUGUAGGGACUUGUAAGUAUGGAACAAAGCGCACUGAUUUAUGAAAUGACAAGAGUGAUAAAUAAUAUAUUCUUGUACAGAUACAGAGUACAGAGAAAAUAAAGUUUGCUUAGAGACAGUACUAACAUUUCCAUGAAAAGAUGUAAUAGAUAUUUAAAAUUCUCAUUUCAAAUAAAUUAUUUUAUUUUUAGUUUACAUGAACUUCUCUUAGUUUAAGUAAGACUGUGGUUUUGUUUGAUCGGAGAGUCUUAAACUCACUGAUGGCAGUUUUGUUUGACUUGAAACAGGAACAGCCACAUCAGUGUGUCACUGGAAUGUUAGUGACAACUUCAUCCUCCUGGUUGAAGAAGGAAGUAAUGGAUGUUGCCUUAGGACAGCUUGUAGUGUGUGUAUAGGCCAUUGGUGGACACUCUAGAGUGUUGUCUGCAUGUUUUGUGGUAUGGUUGUCUUUCUGGAAUAAUGUCAACCUCACAGAAAGGCAGAGAAGGUAUUGUAUGUGUAGCAUAUGCCUUUAUAAAAUAUUUAAUGUCAAAAGAGAGUUUUAUAAAUCUUGCUGUUAUUUUUAAAGGCACUUUACUUCUUGGUUUUAUUAUUCUAUUUUGCUAGCAUGUAUUAGCUUUAUAAAUCACAAGGCACAAAAGCUCUUCCAUCUUGUAAUCUUUGUACUUUUGUAAUGGAAAAGUACGUAUAUUCUGCACAGACUUUUGUAUAGCUGAAUGCCUACACUGAGUGCCACAACUAGUUUGGAAUGAAGACCUACAGCUAUGGGCUGGCCUUGCUUCCUUCACCUAGGGGCAGGUGAGAAUGAUGAGCACAGGGUCUGAGUUCGCAGGCUUUGACCACCCAGAGUCAGUCACCCUAUAAUAAGUAUGUAUUGAAUGAGUCCGUUAGUGUGUGACUUUGUAAAGUUUAACUGUGGAAUGAUCAGGAAUCUGUAUAUAUAGGCAAGCCAGGUUUAACAGUAAAAGGGGGUGAGGGAAAGCUUUUUUUUUUUUUUAAAUUGUAGAAAUGGAGGCAAAAUCCAUGUGGUGAGAGACCAGCUACUUGGCUUUCAGAGCAAAGGCCUCAACGCUUGUUUGGCAGUGGGUCCCAAGUUGGGGUGGCACUUUGUGAGCGAAUAGGACCAUGUCUACAGGCAAACCCUAGGAAGAUUUUUCUUGAAGUAGCACUCAGUGUUCUUUAGCAGCAGUGGGUAGGUGGGGCACACAGUGAAGGGCCCACUUUCAGUGGCUGGGGCGGCCCGAGGACCACAGGCCAGCAGGAGCUUUCCCCCAUGCCUUCUUUUCCUUCUGGGUCCUCCUUCCUCACUCUCUGUCCCCACAGAGCCUCGUUUACCACCGAGGCAGUAGGGAUAGACUGUGCAAUGCAGAUAGCGUGUGUGCCUGCGGGUUAACACAAUUUUUAACCAGGUUUUUUUUUUUUUGGUACUGUUUUCCCAUUGCCUUUGAAAAUGCUUUGAUUAUCCUUUUUUCUUAUCAAGAUGACAGUGUAGUAGGAUCAUCUUACUUACAACAUGGGUUAUGAUCCAUGGCUACAAAUAGAAAAUAUAAGAAUUUAUAUUUUUCUACCUUGAAGCAAAUCUGUAUAUAUGUAUGAAGAGCCAGGGGGGUGGGCAGAGAGAGAGGGAAGGGAGCCAGGAACACUUUUAAUACAUAAGCUAAAUGUCUAGCCCCUCACUGCCAGCUUUAUAGAGAGUCUAGCUCAAUCCACAAAGCAGUGUUUCCUAAGAUGGGGGGAAAUACAUUGAAAAACAGAAAUGGGUAUCUGUAUAGUGCAGCUGUUGGAAGUUGCUAUGCAUUGCAUCCUCAGAGUAGCUUAGAGUUUUUAUUACGUUUGCCAAAUGCUUAGGUAAAUGGCAAGGCUCAUCUUCCCUCAGACUCAUAUCUUUUUUUCUGCAUACCCUCGUGAGCACAAAUGAGGACAAAGGAUUGAGUGUUAGGAACUUGUCAAUUCUCUGGUUGUCUGAAUGUGGAAUUUUCAUAAAUCUAGGAGUAGCAACCCCACCCCCAGCUGGAGUUUAGUAAGCAGCUAGAUAAUCUUGUGUCUGUUUGAAGUGUCCUACACCGAGAAGGCUGUGCAAAAUGCAGUGUUUGGCCUUCAUGAGUAACUGCCAACAAGUAUUUACUGGAUAUUUAUUAGGUGGCUAAUAUAUGGCAUAGACCCUAUGAGAACUGGUGCUUGCUCUCCUACAGCAUCCUGCCCAAUUUCAAUACCAGAGUACCCAUUGAUAGCAUCUUAGCCUGGGUGUGGGUGACAGGCCUUUGUGGGGACCACUUUGGGAGAUGUCGUAGAACAACAGGGAGAAGUAAAGAAAGAACAAAAACCCUAGGUCCUUUCUCCAUCACUUUCUCUGUGGCCAAACAACAUCUUGACUUCCUGAGCUUGAGUGUUUUGCUCUGUGUAAUGAAGUGUUCAGACUGUGGAGUUGGAUAGGGGGAAGCAAAACAAAUUGUCAGUGUUCCAGGACAUGCCUCGAUCUGAUAUCCUGUUGAAGGUAGGAAGUUUCAAACUCAGAAGCUCAUCAACAGAAACCAGUGGCCAGUGGGUAUGGAAUCAUAAGGUUGGAAGGUUUCAAAGGUCCCUUUUCCUUCUGUUACUGUGGGAUCAAACAAUGCUAGUAUCUUUAGCAGUUAUUCUAUGUAAGUGUGAAGAAGUGGGCAUUGUUUAUGUGUUUAUCUCUGUUUACAUGUGAACUUCUAUAAGAAGUGCAUUUGGUAUGUGUACCUACACCCUCUAUUCCUAGAGGGAUUGGUAGUCUUUGGAAUACACAUAAAUCUUAGAGGACAUUUGAUGGUACUUACUUGGCUGUUUCCCUUUAUCCUGUUUCUAUAGAAAUAGAAACUCUGGGAGCCAAAGGAAUAGAUAAAAAUUUAUUUUCAUGUUGAAGGGGAAAAAUCACUGAAUUAAUUUCUCUCUACUACUUUUAAUGAAAACAUUUAAACUCAUGGGAAGAUUUUUGCCUCCCCACCCCCAGGUAACAGGCCGUCAUGUCAUAAAUAGGAUCUCCUUCUAAGAGAAGGUAGGUCAUAAGGCCUGUCAUUAAAAAACAAACAAACAAACAAGCAAAAAAACAAGGCCGCUUUCCUUGGGCUUGGUGAUUCCCAUGCCAUCCCCAAUUCUUUCUUAGUGAAAUAACUCCUUAGUUGCAUAAUGCAGCUGGAGAAGAGGAUGUUACAGUGGGAACUAGUGAGCAGAAAGGGUUGGAGGAGGCAGGAGCUGCCUGUCGGAGCUGAGGAUAGGCCUCACAGGAAUGCAAGCUUCUGUGGCUUUGGGCAUUGCAGUCCUGUCAAAGGCGUGAAAGUACGGCUUCCUGUCAGGGAAUUAAUCUUGCUUCUGAGUGAGCUUCUGCUAGUUGUCUCAUUGGCUGGGGACUGGGUGGUAGUGUUAGUGGACAUAUGCUUUGUCUCAUGAAUUCUAGAGUUGCUGAAGGGUUUCCCUUGAGUCCAAAUGUGGCAAGAGAAGGUGAGUAGGGAGCUGGCCAGGAGUAGUGCACACUGGGAAAGCGGGGAUGAACCCCUUCUGGUGGCCUUAGGUAGCAGUGAGUGUACUCAGGAGCACCACAGGGUCCUGGCCUCUGUCUAGUAGUGCUGACCAUUUUGUUCAUGUUUUAGCUUCAUUUUCUUCCUAACAGAUUUGAGGGGAAAGGGCUAUUGGUGCAGGGGUUAUCCUUCCAGGCACCACGGGCCUCAGCACAGUUCCCUGUACUUUUAAAUAUUGUUGACUUUAAUUAGUUAUUUAUUCUAAGGGGAUUAUACUGGAGACACAACUGUCUUUGGUCUCAUGUUAUGAAACAGCUUUGUACUGUGGAAUGCUAACUCUGGAGAAUUGCCCGCAUACCAGAAAUAUUCAUUUAAAAAAAAAAUCCCACUGGCACUCCCUUAGGGGGUGGUUAUUAGCAGUCUGACCCAAAGGAACACAAUUUGUAUCCCAUUUCCUUUUCUGGUAUCUGUUUCAACAGUUUUUUUUUUUUUUUAUUUUGUUUUGUUUUUUCCCCAAAGAACAUCCUUUUGCUUAUGAGAACAUGAAUAACAUCACAUAAAACAAUCCUUUUCUAUCAGAAUGCUCCAAUUUAGCCUUAAUUUUGUUAAACCUAGAAAUGAAUGGAGUGCUGCUGUGGAAAGAAAUGUACCAUGUACUAUUUCUGUAUCAUUAAAAUGAAUUUUAUGCUUC